AUGUGUUCGAAAUUAGAAAACAAAAUUGACUCGUUGAAUAACGAUGCCGAGUGGCUUCCAAAAGCAUUCCAGCAAGCUCAAGUUCACAUGAAGCUUCUUCUCUCGCUCGGCCCGUGCAAGAUCAAAUUCAGCCCUCUUGAUGAGAAGAUAUACGAGUCGUUUCGAAAGGCAUUUCCUGAUUUCGAUAUAAGUAACGUUGACGAAGAUCUUCAAGAUGAAUUGAUAAGUGGAGACAACAAGCUUCAGUGGAUAAACUGGAUGGACGAGUUAAAAGCUGAUCUAAAGGAUUUUGACAGAAAAAGUUUGCUUCGAAAGAGACCAGACGGAGAUUACACAUCCAUGAAUACGACAUUCUGUCAUCGAGCUCAGUUCUUGGCCAUAGAAAUCGCUCGGAAUAAAGAAGGUCUCAAUCAGAAAAUCGCCGAUGCUUACAAGCAAGCAACUUCUGGUGUACGGGCAUCUGGUGGUUGCUGCAGCCGAUGCUAA